AACCCUGUGAAUAUAGUAAAAGUGAUCAAGACUUUGCAAGUCACAAUCUUCAUCAAGUUGGUAGAAUUUAUACUAGGGAGAAAAGAUAUGAAUAUGAUAAAUAUCAUAAAGCUUUUGAACGUCCCAGAUGUCUUCAAAUACAUAAAAGAAGUAAUUCUGGAGAGGAACCCUAUGAAUGUAAUCAAUGUAGUAAAACCUUUUCCUAUAAAAGCCUUCUUCAAAUACAUGAAAGAAUUCAUACUGGAGAGAAACCCUAUGGAUGUAAUCACUGUGGUAAAACCUUUGCAUAUAAAAGUGAUCUUCACAGGCAUGUAAGAAACCAUACUGGAGAGAAACCCUAUGAAUGUAGUCAAUGUGGUAAAGCCUUUGCACAGAACAGUUAUCUUCAAAAACAUGAAAGAAGUCAUACUGGAGAGAAACCCUAUGAAUGUAGUCAAUGUGGAAAAGCCUUUGCACAUAACAGUCAUCUUCACAGGCAUGAAAGAAUUCAUACUGGAGAGAAAUGCUAUGAAUGUAGUCAGUGUGGUAAAGCAUUUAAGUAUAAAAGUAGUCUUCACAGGCAUGAAAUAA